UUGUCGCUAAAAAAACAUGUUUGACAUGUCGAUGCAUUGGCGGGGGGUAAAGAGCAAUAGAGAUAGCAAUUGAGAAAACCAAACGAAAAAAAGGAGAAGGCACAACAAUUUCUGAGGAAAAGAUCAAGCUACAGAGAACCGAGAGGUGUUCUAUUAAAUAUACACAUGGAGUUUAAUACACCUCCAUGAAUAUACAUCAUUAUAAUCAUUUUAGAGAAUUCUUGCCAGGUGAAUAGAAAGAAAUAGAGGGGAAAAAAAGAGGGGGAGAGAGAGAAAGAGAGAGAAAAAAAAAAAAACCUGCAUAAGAUUCAGAAGAAUCCAAUUGGUUAGCAAUUCUUGGGAAUUCUUUUAGAUUCUAGCUGAUGAAUCUAUUUUUUUUUUUCUAAUCAUUUUAAGGUUGGUUUUAAAUCUUUAGAAAAAUCCGUACAAUAAUAUCUUUUGCUAAUAAAUUUGUACUGCUAAAUUUGCUGAUUCACUCUUCUCUAAUUUUUUUUUCUCCAAAAUAUCUAAAAGUAUUGUAAAAAUAUUUGAGCAAAAAAAAAAAAAAAAAAUUUAAUCAGCAAAGUAUAAUUAAAAAAAUAGGUAUAAAUAAAGGAGUGAGUAAGUGAGUGAGUGAGUGACUUGUCAGGAUUUGCAGGAUUCACGUGGAAAUAUUAUACUACAUCAGGAUUAUGAAGCGUAUAUCUAGAAGAUUAAGAUAGAAUAGCAAUGUGGAUAAUUACAAGCAAAGUCGUUAUUGUCUCCACAAUACAAAAAUACAGACCCUACAAGAAAAAAAAAUAAAUAAAUAAAUAAAUUUAGCCAAUAAUAAUAACUUUAUUACUUUCUUAUUACUUUGAAUUAUUAUAAUUAAUAAUGGCUUCGACAUUUGGUCCAUCAACAUCACCCAUAACAUCAGCCCAAGUUCUAAUGAACAAGGGUAAACGUGGUGCAGCAGCUUAUAUACUUGCUGAAUGUAGUAAUAAAGCAUCAAGACUUGAUGGUACAGCAAAUCAACAACAUUUAAAUGAAUUACUUGAUAUAUUAUUGAAUCCAUCAAAACCAAUUGAUAAUUGGGAAACUAUUGAUUGGUGUAAAUGGCUUAUGGCUGGUGGUCAUACACCAGAUGAAUUUUCAAAUACAGUUAGAUUAUAUGACAACGCAACAACAUGUGGUUUAGUAUGGACACCAAACUUUGUUGCUUAUCGUUGUCGUACAUGUGGUAUAUCACCAUGUAUGGCAUUAUGCACUGAUUGUUUUAAGCGUGGUAAUCAUUAUCGUCAUGAUUUUAAUAUGUUUUUAAGUCAAGCUGGUGGUGCAUGUGAUUGUGGUGAUACAUCAGUUAUGCAAGAAAGUGGUUUUUGUGAUCGUCAUGGACCAACCUCAGCAUGUGAUACAUCACCAGCACCAUCUGAUUUAAUGUGUGUUGCUGAAGCAAUGAUGCCAAGAAUGAUACUACGUUUAAUACAACAUUUACGUGAAAGUUGUAAAAUGAAAAGUAUUAAUGAUUAUAAAUUAGCAAUACAAGAUGCUGAUCCAUAUUUAACAAUGUUACUUGAUUUAAAUCAUAUGGGUGCAUUAAUGAGACAUGUUAUGACAUCAGCAUUAACAAAUCCACAAAAAUAUAAAGGUUUAAUGAAUCCAGAUAAAACAAUAAUAACAGCAACUACAUCAUCACCAUCAUCGUCAUCAUCAUCAUCAUCAUCAUCAUCGGUAUCAACACCACCAAUAAUAAAUAACGAAUAUGAUAAUUAUUGUCAUACAAGUCAUGUUACUUAUCGAGAUGCUAUAAAAUCAUUACCAAAUCCAGAACCACCAGAUGAAUAUAAAGAUUGUCCAUCAUUACAAGAAGAUUUAAUACAUUCAACUUUCUUAGAAGAACUUAUGUUUUGGACAGUUGCUUAUGAAUUUCCUCAAAAACUUGUAUGUUUGUUAUUAAAUAUGUUACCAGAUCCAGAUUAUAAAGAAUCAUUAACACGUGCAUUUGUAUUGCAUUAUAGUAGAAUUGCAAUGAUGCUUGAAAAAUCAAAUGAUCCAGAUACAUUGAGUAAUCGUGUUGUACAUGUAUCUGUACAAUUAUUUUCAAAUGAAGCACUUGCAUUGAGAAUGGUUGAUGAACUUAAAUUAUUACAUGUUAUGGUUAUUAGUUUAAAAUAUAUGAUGAGUAAAAUAUUAAUUGAAAAUACAUUACAUACUGCUAAUAAAAAUUUUCAUUGUGUUGUUGAUUGUGCACGACAAGUUAUGAAAGAACAUUGUUAUUGGCCACUUGUAUCUGAUUUAAAUAAUGUAUUAAGUCAUAAACCAGUUGCAUUAAAAUUUUUAUCUGAUGAUACAUUAUUAGAAAUGUGGUUUGAUUUUUUAUCAAUGUUUCAAGGUAUGAAUGUUAAUCAACGUGAAAUGGGUGCACAUGUUGAAUUUGAACCAACAACAUAUUAUGCUGCAUUUAGUGCUGAACUUGAAGCAAGUGCAUAUCCAAUGUGGGCACUUGUAUCACAUUUACGUGGUCCAGAAUUAUCAGAUGUUAGUAAAAAAGCAUUAACAUUUUGUUUAACAGCAUUACAAGAUUGGCUUGAUGCUAUUGGUUUUACAUCACCUGAUAUUUGUGAUAUUGAUCAUGUAUCAUUUCAUAUACCAUUACAUCGUUAUUUUUCAGUAUUUAUGUGUCAAGCUGUUAAACAACAAGGUACAACAUUACAACAAUUAUUACCAUCAAAUGAUAUGUUACAUUUAUUAAUGAUGCAUCCAUUAAGAGUACAAGUUGCACUUCAUGAAAUAUUAAAUGGUCUUUGGGUUAGAAAUGGUGUACAAAUAAAAGGACAAGCAAUGACAUAUAUACAAUGUAAUUUUUGUAAUUCAAUGGUUGAUGCUGAUAUUUAUUUAUUACAAAUAUGUGCAACUAAAUUACAACCAGAUAUAUUUAUAAAUACAAUUAUUGAUAAAUUUCAUGUUAAAGAAUGGCUUAGUUUAAGAACUACACGUUCAAAUAGAAAUUUAUUAACUGGUGAACAUGAUGUAGCAAUGAUGGAAAGUUGUUUAACUUUUUUGGCAACAUUAAUUAAUGUUAGAACAAAUCUUGGAUUAACUGAUACUGAAAUAAGUCAUUUAGAAAUGGUUACAUUAUUAUGUAUGGGUGAUAAAACACAUUCACAAUUAAUGGAAUUAAUGCCAGAAAGAUGUGGUACAACACCAAAUCGUGAUUUUGAAAAUGUAUUAUCGGAAGUUGCACAAUUUCGUACGCCAAAUUUAGAAGCAAGUGGUACAAUGCAACAAGGUAUGUAUGGACCAAAACCAAAAGUAUGGGAAGAACUUUAUGAUCCUCUACAUGUAUUAUUAAGAGCAGUACAUCGUAAAGAUUAUCAAAUAUCAAUGGAUCGUUUUACUGAAUAUGCUAAACAAUCAUCUAAACUUAAAACAUUAUGGCCACCAUUUCGUUAUCCAUCACCAGUAUCAUCUGAUUAUGAUGAUCCAAGAAUUGUAUUGAGAACAAAAGUUUUUCAUUCAAUGAUUUUUUCUGUAUUGUAUAAUGCAGUUAAUGAUAAUAUACCUGAAAAUAUUGUGGCAUUAGCAAUUUAUUUAAUGGAAAUGGCUGUUGUUACUGCUGAUGAUGAUAAAAUUAAUGCUGAUGAUAAAAUGAAUAAUCCAUUGUGUCCUUAUACAGGAUCUGGUAAUAGUAGUGAUGAUAUUGCUUGUGGUUUAAAAGAUUCAGAUUUUACAAGAUGGUAUCAAGAUGAUCGAAUUAUUGAAAAUCUUAAAGCAAUAAUACCAAAAAAUCGAUCAGAUCUCAGUCCAGAAGUUGCUGCAGAUUGGGAAAUUGAAAGUGAUAUGACAGAAAAUUCAUUAAUGCUAAAUGACGAAUUUGAUGUGGAAAUUGGUGAACAAGAAGGUGUUUGGGAUUUAGAAUUACAGGAAGAACGUAUAAAUAAUAAUAAUGAUGAUAUAAAUCGUACUGCACCUAUGGAAACAACACCAUUACCAGCAUUAUUACCAUCAAAUGAUUUAACAAAUGAAUGGGGUUUGACAGUUAGAAAUUCUCGUGACGAUAAUAAUGAUGACGAUGACAAUAAUGGUAAUGACGAUGAUGAUAAUGAUGCACCAAUGCAAUCACGUCAACAACGUGCAUUACCACCACCAGUUGAUACAUAUUUAUUGACAAAUGAAGGUACAAUAGUUGCACUAAUUGAUCAGCAACAGCAACAACAACAACAACAACAGCAACAAGGAUUAGAAGGUGAACAACAACAACAACAGCAACAGCAACAGCAACAUUCGCUUAGAAAUUCAUCAAAUAAUGAAGUUGAUUUUUUACAAGUUAUAUUUCCACGUCUUGUUGCAAAUACAAAUCAAACCAAUGUAUCACAAAAUCAUCCACCAUCAACAUCAUCACAAGCACCUGGUGCAAGUACAAAUUCACGUGAUAUUGUAGCAUCAAUAUCAUCUCAUCAUCAUAAUUCACAAAAAUUUUCAUGUGAAAAUAAACAAAAAACUGGUGAAAGUAUUAUAUCACUACUUCUUAAACUUCAUUCACAAUUAUCAGAAACACCAGAUAGUUUUAAUAUUGAUGAAAUUUGUAAUAAUACAAAUAUUAGUACAUCAGAAAAUUCAACACGUAAUAUUAAUAAUUCUGAAUUAUCAGAUAAACUUGAAGAAUCAAGAAUUGGUGAUGGUCCAUUUUUCAUAAGUAAAUUAUUACGUAAAAUAAGUAAUUUAGAUCCAAGUUUAAAACAAAAUAUAAUUGAUACAAAAAAUCGUUUAUGGCCAAAAACAAAAGAAUGUGAAGUUGAACAAAGAGAACGUGAUAAUCAAGAACGUGAAGAGCGUAGAAAACGUGCUAAAGAAAGACAACAAAAAUUAAUAGCUGAGUUUGCAAAUAGACAAAAAAAAUUUAGAGAAAAAAAUAUGGAAACAGAAGAAGCUGGUGGUUCUGGUAUGGAUUGGGAUCAAAGUGAUACAACAACCCAAAAUACAACAUCAUCAUUAUCAUCAUCAUCAUCAUCAUCAUCAUCAUCAAAAACAACAACAACUACAACAACAACACAAUUAACUAAUAAAAAAAAAUAUGAUUGUGUUAUAUGUAAUCAAACAACACCAAGUACCGAAGAUAAACCAAUGGGUCUUGUUGUAUUGGUACAAUCAACAAGUGUUGUUGGUCAUGAAAGACAAUAUACUGAACGUCUUAAUUUACCAACAUCUGAUGAUGAGCCAAAAAUUUCACGUUCUGAUACACGUGGUGCACAUUGUGAUUAUCGAAUGGAUGAAAUGAAUCGUCAUUUUGAUACAUCAUCAUGGUUAUUAGCACUUAAUAUUGGUUGGGAAGGUGGUGUACAUGUACAAACAUGUGGACAUCAUAUACAUCUUGAUUGUUUAAAAGCAUAUAGAAAUUCAUUACGUAGUCAACAACGUCUACCAAGUCUUGCUGUUGAUCGUGGUGAAUAUUUAUGUCCAUUAUGUAGACAGCUUGCAAAUUCAGUAUUACCAAUGUCACCACAACUUGGUGAAUGUUCAUCAAUUGUUAGAUCACGUCAUGCAUCAUCAGCAACAAUACUCAGUGAAUUAAAUAAUUUUUUAAAAGAUAUUCAACAAAAUCCAAAUACAACAAAUCUUUCUUUAGCAAUGGGUAAAGCAAUGGAAGAAAUGACAGCAUCAACAUAUCUUAAAUAUAAACAAAAAAAUUGUCAGCCUAGUCAUCAAAGUUUAUUUUUAUUUGUAACAUCUGUUGCAAGAACAAAUUUUGAAGUGGAAAUUGUACAACGUGGUGGUACAUUAUCAUCAAUUCCAUUGACAACAUCACCAUCAACAUCAACUUCAACAUCAUCAACAAUAAAUAAUGUAUCAUUAACACCAAAACGUGAUUGUAUUGUUGCAUUAUUACAUGUAUUAGCAAUGCAUGCAAGAGUAUUAACAAAUUGGCCUAUACAUAUAACAUGGCAACAAUUAUGUGGUACACCACCUGAUGAUCAUCCAGCAACAUUUUUAGCAUUAACACCACAUGAACGUGAAGUACCAUUAUUAUUACGUGAUCCAACAUCAUUAUUAAUACAAUUUUGUUUAUUAUUACCAUUGCAUAUUGAUCAAACAUAUUUUUCAACAGUUGUUAAAGUUAUUUAUAACUUAUUAUAUUAUCAAAUACUUUUACAAGUAUCAUGUAGUUUAACAAAAUCUGAAAGAGAUACACUUGGUAAUGAUAAUAAUUAUUAUUCACAAUAUUCAAAAAAUAAUGAUAAACAACAACAACAACAACAACAACAACAACAACAACAACAACAACGUAAAACUUCUGAAUUAAUAAUGAAAAAUAUAAUUGAUCAUUUUAAUAUGAAUGAAUUUUAUAAUGAUGAAGUGACAAAUCGUAAUAAUAAAUCGAUUGAACAACAAAUACAAUUACUUUGUCUUCCAUUUUUACGUGUUGCUGCAUUAUUACGUCAUCAUCUUUAUUCACAACCAUUACCAGAAAUACGUACAAAACAAACUGAAUUUGUACGUUUAGUUUAUUAUUUAGAACUUAUUACUGAAGGUAUGGAUUGGGAUUGUUUUAAUGCUGCUGUUGCAUUAAAUUGGCAAGAUAAUGAUACAUCAAUAAAUGUACCAAAAUUAUGGUGUGAUCAAUAUUUAGCAUUUUAUAAACGUAGUCAAAUUGCUGGUAAACGUUUAGUUAUUGAUCAACAUAUAUCUUGGCAAGCACCAAAAUUAUUAAAUUUGCCAAGAGAAUAUGAAAAAUUAUUUACUUACUAUCAUGAAAAACAAUGUUGUAAAUGUCAUUCAGUGCCACCUGAAAUAAGUAUUUGUUUAUUAUGUGGUACAAUUGUUUGUCUUAAACAAAAUUGUUGUAAACAAGCAAAUGUUGGUGAAGCUGUACAACAUUCAAUUGAUUGUGGUGGUGGUACUGGUAUUUAUCUUGUUGUUACAAGCACUUAUAUCAUUGUGAUACGAGGUCGACGAGCUUGUUUAUGGGGCUCUUUAUAUCUCGAUGAUUUUGAAGAAGAGGACAAAGAUCUUAAACGUGGUAAACCAUUGUAUCUGAGCAAAGAGAGAUAUCAACUGCUUGAACAACAAUGGCUAGCUCAUCGUUUUGAUCAUACAAAAAAAACCUGGGUAUGGCAUCGUGAUGCGCUGUGACGCUUGAUAUCGACAGUCUCAUUUGCCGAUGCAGCAUCUUUUGAUCUCAAUUUUCUUGAUUAAUAAUUGUUUUAUUUUUUUUUUUUGUCCUCUAUUUAUCCAAUUUUUUUUUAUUAUUUCUCUUUGUCCAAAAAAAAAAAAAAAAGCCAUUUUUUACACAACGUUUUGCACUCCUUCAUCCUCUUUAAUUAUUGUUAUCAAUAAUAAACUUGAUUUAUUUCUAGAAUUGAGAUAAAAAAAAAAAAAACAAAUCAGCUAUUAUACACUACAAAUAUUUACCACAACAUUUAAAAACAAAGAAAAAAAAAAUAAACUGGAAUAAAAUAUUAAUACAGGAAGAAAGAAAAAAAUGUUAAAAAAUAAAAAAAUAAAAAAUCAAUUAAAAAUAUUACUUAAAUUUCUCCAGUUGAAACUAAUUUGUAACGACUGGCCGUGAUAUUAAAAGGGCGAUGGAUUAAAUCAUGUAUUCUUAGAGAUUAAGCAACUUUUUUUUUUUAAUAACAUAUAUUUGUAGCUAUGUUGUCAUUUUUUCCCAGUGACUAAUUAUUUUUAAAGAAAAAGAAAAUCAUGUAAACAUUAAAUAUUAAAUGACGAAAUUAAUUUUGAAAGAAUUCAAAUAGAUAAAGAAAAAAAAAAAAAGUAGAAUUUUACACAUGGCAAUAAU